UUUCUCUUAUGCUUUGAAAAUGAGCCUUUGGAUCUUUGACACAAUCAUACACUCCUGCACAUAAAUACAAGAUGGUAUAAAAAGCCCCAUUACGAAGUGUUUUCCCAGAUUCAAGUUCUUCACGGCACUGAGAAAUAAAUUCUUUCUUAGAAACUAAGGGUAAGUCUGGCCAUUCAAGCUUGCUACUCAGAUUUCGUACGGUCUGAAACACUCUAAGUUUUGAGUAGAAUAUCCUUCCCGCUGUUAUAAAUAGUUCUUCUUCUGAAUCAAAAUAGCAGUCUAAAUCAUCUUCCCAAUCAUCUUUAAAAGUCCCUUCAAACUCAAUACGACCUGAUUCCUGAGUCGACGUAUCCAUAAAGUAUCUCAGCCUCUGGAAUUGGGCGAAGGAUAAGCAAUGUGUCGCAGUCGCUGCCAUUUCAUUUAUCUGAAGAAGAUAUUUGUUUCCAAAUAUGGAAGAAACACCUUUAUGUGAUUCUUCUGGGAUACUAGUAAUGUGUGUGUAAGUGACCACUAGUACAUAAACCACCUCUACUUUUUCAUUUGGUUAAACGUGUAUCUUUUAUGAAUUGAAGAGAUAUUAAAAGAAAGGUUUCCAAUUAAUAAUGGAGAAAGAAAUGUUAGUCAGUGAGUUUCUAAACCGCCUAGAUUUCUCAAUCUAUAGAUUAUUUAAGCUGCAAGACAAACCAUUUCAGCUUUUCAGACAUUCCUUAAUUGCAUGUAGCAAGUUAAAAGACUAUAUGUUUGUAGCCGUCGGAGGUACAAUAACAAAGGAAAUUUUUAGUUAAGAAAAAUUAUUAACUACUCUACUACUAUAGAGGAUGUUUUUGUCUAUAAUCUUUUACCUUUUUCUCGAGAUACAAGUGAGCCAGAACCUCUAAUGGUCCUUUCUUGUGCUCAUGAGCCUUCGCCAUUACAACAUGGCGAUCUCUCUCCAGGAAUGCCUAAUGGAAUCAAUCAUGUUAGAUGUGAGCUUUUUGGUGAUUUAGAAUAUUUAAUCACUGCGACGGACUGUGGAAAAGUUGCAAUGUACGAUGUUCAAAACCUCCAUAGAAGUCCCAUGACUUUUGCUGUAAGUGCUUCUGCCUGGGGAAUAGCCGCUUCAUCGCAAGGGUAUUUGGCCAUCUCCUCAAAUGCACAUGUUGUCAAUAUCUUCAAUUUAUCUACAAAUUACAAAAAAUGCAAACGAGACUAUCGUUCUCCUUGGUUUCGACAGGAAUCCCUAGAACUGAAAGGACAUGAACACAAUAUCCCUUGUGUAUCAUUCAAUUCAAAGGGGAAUUUUUUAUUAAGUGGAUCAAUCGAUCGGUCAUUACAGUUAUGGGAUGUUAAUCAGCUAUCUUGUUUGUCCAAAUUCCAUACUAAAGUUUGGAUAUGGUCUGUUAAAUUCGUUGAUAAAUCAGCCUUCACCUUUGUACCAACUGUGAAGGAUAAAAUAGAAACGUUGAUACCUGCAAGGACAUUUGGACAAACUCCUUGGAAUCCAUCCAUUUCCCUAAAUUUAGAAUUAUUUAUUUCUGACGAAGAUGAUUUUGAUGAUGAUGAUGCAGUGUUUGAAGGGGAGUAUUAUGUGCAUAUGCAUGAUGAAUCUCCGGACAAUCUAAAAUCCUGCUUUCGUACAUUUGUUCGAGAACCUCCAGAGGAACUUUUUGUUUUCGCGACUAAGUAUUCUGUUGUCUUGUGUGGAUUUCGUAAGUCUCAAAUCUAUCCUUUUGUUAGCUGCAAGAAUUGCUUCGAAGAUCCAUCCACAGUACGCUUUGAAGGACUUCACAGAAUAAAUAUGAUGGAAUACGUGCCCCAACUGCAGAGUCUUGUUUGCGCUACUCAAAGCGGUCAAUUGUCAAUAUUAAGGUUGAUCAUGACAGAAAAAACAAUCAACGGACAAGCUAUAUAUGCUUAUUCCUUUAUUCCACAAAUCAUUGCUUUAAACGGAUACGUUGAUACUUUAGUCUUGGGUAUGAGUGUCGCACCUUUGUAUCCAGGUAAUGAAGAUGAAUUCCAGCGAUUCAAAAUUUUGCUAGUUUUGGUUAAUGGAAAAGUUUUAACUGUCGAGAUACAGUUAUCUGAGGAUUUAUAUGCUACUAGUCAUGUGGGAAACAUCUUAAUUUGAUAAGCCUAACAACACUUCUGAUACUUUUUGUAAUGUCCUUUAUUUAUUUUAAAUUGAUGAUCUAAUUUAAUCAAAACUUAAUAGCUAGAAUAGAAAAGAAAGCUAUUGAUCUUAAAUUUUUUCUUACUGCUGGGA